CUGCCGUGCCUGUGUGUGCAGACGAGUGCGCGAGGGCACCUCGGUCGGAUUAUAUAACUUUGCGCGGAGUUUAAUGGCGCAGCGGCGGGAUAUCGUCCCACCGUAGUUCUGUCGCAGCCGUGCGGAUUAAGCCGGAGGACACGUCUCUUUCCGCCGACUGAGAGUCGUCGCUUCUUCAACAGCUCGGUCAGCUGUUGACUCAAGUUGACCAGGAUAUUCUCCAGCGGACUAUUUCGACAGGUCCACACGACCGAGGAUUUGUUUUUACAGAGCCAUUUACUCGCUUCUCACUGUCAGGAAAUGAGCUAAACGGUGGAUAGCGCCUCAGUACAGGAUCACAAAAUGGAUCAGGGCCGGCUGAAGUGCAACGGAAAUCAAGGUGACGGUCUGCCGUUUGGGGAUUUGGGAGCUGGAGUUUGUCGGAGCGACGCUGGGCAGCUCCUCCAGCCGGGCAUGCUCCUGCCUGGCUCUGGCCCUCUGCACCAGCCCCAGCUGGGCAAGAACUCGGACAUGAAGGAGGGUAAAAUGAUGUCGGUGCAGGACAAACAGCAGGACAUGGGUUUGUUCAGCAUGGACGACAACCUGGCCUUGUUCAAUCAGAGCAUCCCUGACCUCAACCAGGUUCCCACCUCUGUGAUUUCGACGUCGGAGGGCUCCGUCCUGGGGAACAUGCCUUUGCCUGACCUUUUCCAGCAGCCGAUCAAGCAGGAGGGCUGUUUUCCUUUGGACUUGAACGCUUUCGGAGAAACUGGGAGCGGUUGUGAUUUGGGCGUCGGCAGCAGCCAGCUCAUGAAUGAAAGCGAAAUAUGGCAGAACAUCGACCUGCCGAGCGCGCUGCCUGAUUUUGAACUGGAUCCUGACGUGGCCCCUUUCGAUAGCCUCCCACAUGAUAGUGGCAGUGGCAUUGAUGGCUUACUAAAGGAAACAAAGUUUGUUGGCAAUGGAGUGAAUUGUUCCAGCAGAACAGAGCCGCAGCAGCUCCCGAUCGCCCAUCAUCUGCCUCAGCACCAGCAGCUCCAUCCGCAGCAGGCCCCGUCACUCCUCUCCAGUGUGAUAAUAAAGGAGGAGGAGCCAGAAAACACCUGCAUCAGCAUCUGUACCCCGGGUGUGAUCAAGCAGGAGGCGAGGAACAGUUUCUGCCAGUCUCAGUGUCUGCAGAGCAGCUUGGGUUCCCUCCACACUGGGGGCCCGAUGUCUACAGCCCCGGCUGCAGAUGGAUCUGUCUAUCACUAUACAGCCAACCCCUCUUCCAUGGUGGACCAGAAGCCUUUUGUUCCAUACCCAGGUGCCACUCCAGUUAGCUGGAUCCGGGGGAACAGGUUUGAGGAGUCCACCGCAGUGAAGAGGGCCGGAGAUGGUUUUCCCUCCACCGCUGCGUUGCCUACUUUCCCAGUCAACUUUCCUAGCACUUCAGCCAGGUCCAGAGAAACCGGCAGCUCAGUGGCGACCAGCCAGCCCAAGUCCGGCGGCCAGACCCCGAAGAUUUGCCUGGUGUGUUCCGACGACGCCUCUGGCUGCCACUACGGCGUGGUGACCUGCGGCAGCUGCAAAGUCUUCUUCAAGAGGGCUGUUGAAGGAUGGCGAGCGCGACAAAACACCGAUGGCCAGCACAACUACCUGUGUGCCGGGAGGAACGACUGCAUCAUUGAUAAGAUCCGCAGGAAGAACUGUCCCGCCUGCCGCUUCAGGAAAUGCCUCCAGGCUGGAAUGAACUUGGAAGCGAGGAAAAACAAGAAGCUGAAGAUGAAGCCGUCGAGAGCCCUAGAGCCGGUCCGGACUGUGCCGGUGGCCCACAUCCCCCAGGGCAUUCCCCACCUGGUGCCCACCAUGCUGUCCGUCCUGAAGGCCAUCGAACCGGAAAUCAUCUACGCGGGCUACGACAGCACGCUGCCCGACACCCCGUCACGCCUCAUGACCACCCUCAACAGGCUCGGGGGACAGCAGGUCAUCUCGGCGGUCAAGUGGGCCAAGUCUCUACCAGGCUUCCGGAACCUUCACCUGGAUGACCAGAUGACACUGCUGCAGUGCUCCUGGCUCUUCCUCAUGUCCUUCAGUCUGGGCUGGAGGUCCUACGAGCAGUGCAAAGGCAGCAUGCUGUGUUUCGCUCCCGACCUCGUCAUCAACAAAGAGCGCAUGAAGCUGCCGUUCAUCAACGACCAGUGCGAGCAGAUGCUGAAGAUCGUGGAGGAGUUUGUCCGGCUGGAGGUCUCCUAUGAAGAGUACCUGUGCAUGAAGGUGCUGCUGCUGCUCAGCACAGUGCCAACGGCCGGCCUGAAGAGUCAGGCGGUGUUCAACGACAUCCGCAUGUCCUACAUCAAGGAACUGGGAAAAGCCAUAGUCAAGAGAGAGGUGGACUCCAGUCAGAACUGGCAGCGCUUCUACCAUCUGACUAAGCUACUGGACUCCAUGCAGGAGAUGGUGGAGGGUCUCCUGCAGAUCUGCUUCUACACCUUCAUCAAUAAGACGCUGAGCGUGGAGUUCCCCGACAUGCUGGCGGAGAUCAUCAGCAACCAGAUACCAAAAUUCAAAGAUGGCAGCGUCAAGCCGCUGCUGUUCCAUCAGAUGUUGCCGUCUGCUCCUGCGAAGCCUCGCCCCAUCCCGCCCUCCAUCCCCCCAAACAUCUGAUCGGAUCGGAAUCACGGUUCCUGCCAAGUGUCGGCAGCGCGACGCCUGUCUCUCUCUCUCUCUCUCUGGCAGUCUCACUCUCUUCUGCUCGCCCGACGCUAGCCGGAAUAACAAGUUAAGUGAAGCUCCGCCUCCUUUUCUUCGUCCGUAGUGUAGUGAGCCCCUUCGACACCGAACCAUCCCACAUGACAAUCUGCAGCACCGAAUCUCUCGGCCGAAACUUGGUGUCUGCACGUUCAGAAAGUGCCGACGUUUACGUCCGCGAAGGGAAACCCAGUGCCUUUCUGCUGUUCCAGUAGUUCACAGCCCGAAAACCUGUCGCCAAACCGGCCCGCCACAUCUGUGCACGACACAGCGCGUCAGGGCGUUUACAGAACUGUCUCAGAGCUACUUUGUAAACCUGUCAGGUUAUUUUAGCGUCAUUGAGAGAACCGCGUUCGUCCUGUAAAAAAAGAAAGAUUUUCUCGUCCGUUUAAUUUAAUAGUAAAAAAAGAUCAGAUUUAUCUUAAAGUUGUAAACGCCUGCGCAUGAGACCAGAGUGAGCCUUGAGACGGAGCCCUGCAGAACACCCGCCAAGUCUUACUCCAAUUCUGCGAUUAAAAGAAAAUCCAUUUUACGACGUUGAAGAGGCAACUAGCCUGAGCUAGCUGCGUAUCAAAGAGAGUAGGAUCGGAUCCAUUCACUGUCCACUAGGGGCGCUGCAGCCUCUAUUUGAGCCCCCAGUUUGUUUCAAGGGUUUGCACAGAAGAGUCAGAUAUUUAAAUGAAAAUAUAUAGGAAUAUAUAAACGCAUAUAUUCACCUUUAACAAGAGAUUUUUUUUAUGAUUCCCAGUUAGCUCGGUGGAAAUGUAUUUAUUGUCAGAUUUUCAUUUUGGCAGCAGAAAAUGAAAUAUUUGGUUGCAUGUUGUAAGAAUUUUGGAGCGAUAUAAAGAGUUAUCGUCAGCAUAGCUGUUAGCUUGCUUUGUCCUGGGUUCAUUUUUUUUUUGAACAAUUUAAAAUAUACUCCCGUUAACUAUAGAAAUUGUGUAGUUAGUUUGAUGAAAACAUUCCUUGAAUGUGGUGCUCAUGUUUGUCUUGAGGUAGCUUGUGAGUCACAGCGACCUCGGCAUCCCAAAAUGAAAUACGUCUUUGCUGACAAUCAGUUUUACAGUACAAAUACAGCUCUGAUACUGAUAAAAUCUUUCUUUUGGUCGGAAAAAAAAAAAAACGUAAAGCUAAAACAAGCAGAGGAAGCAAGGACAGACCCUUGCAGGACUCCGCUAGGAGCUUUGCACCCAGAUAGUUCGCCAAAACCUCGGACAAACACGAAGAUGAGAAAUCGGCUCAGCCAUGUUUCUUCUCUCACUGUCCUUUGAAACUGUUAGCACAAACUCUACGGAUGAAUCUCCAGAUGUUUGUGUCGCCCAGCUCAGGCUCCGCCACGUGGACGUGCGUCCCGACAGUGCCAAACCCACAGGGAGGCUGCGAAGCUAACCUUCACCAGCUACAUCAGAUUGUUCCACAUUCAGGUGCACAAGUCGCCGACACAGCGCGGCGACUCAAAGUUGUAUUUUUGUAAACCAAAAGAAAAAAGUCCCACUCGCAGAUCAGCCUUGUAUCUACCUCAUGCAUGACCGUGAGAUAGAGACCUCCCCUGUGAAUCGCUACCACGGCAACAGCCGCCACGUCCAAACACGUUCUGGCGCAUCGAAACGCGUCUUCGAUUCCCGUCGCACAAACAGCAAUUACCCGACUCCAUGUCCGAUUAAAAAAAAAGAGAAAUAUCCUUAUGGUGGAUGGAACAUGACACCCAGUGGACAACAGAUGGCGCUAUUUGAUUCACCAAAACCCUCAUUAAAACUUUCAUUUAAAGUGUGAAAUGUCAGGUUUUGUCAUUUUGUCAUCAGUUAUUAACCCUCUUGGCGCCACCUAGUGAAGGUCUGGCGAGGCUUCAUGAAGCAGUGCGCUUAUUUUCAGAGCACAGUAGGUGGCGCUCUCUGUUUAGAAAUGUUUUAAGGUUUCAUUGACGCAAGCAAUGAUUUUAGACCAGCCAGUCUGAAAAUAAGGGCAGUGUUUCAUGAAGCCUCACCAGCCCGUCACUAGCACCACCUUGCAUUUCAACAAGCUAAGCUGCAAAUAUGGAGCCUGAUGUAGUUACUACUUUACACUAGCAAAUGGCGUCUACACCUGUGACUUCCGCUUGAGUUACGAAGUCUGGAAUAAAUUGAUAUGAAUGACCGGUCGAGGUUCCGAAGUUGGAGCAAAACAGAGACCCGAAUUUGACUGACUUGGGUGAGACAGAAGGUCCCAGCGAGUCCACUUUGCAUGGAGACGUGGCACAGUCACAGCUUUGACUGUGCCUCCGGGUUGAAGAAACGCGAAAAUAGCAGCCGAGGCGGUCUAUGCCGCGGGACGCCGCGACUAGAGUUGGAGGCAAUGAUCACAGAUCGGAUACACUUCCGUAAAAGUCAUAUAAUUCACUGCAGCCUUUUGAAAGAACGAUUUAAAAGUGAAUAGUUCCAUCGAAAAAAACCUUGGCGCCUAAAGGGUUAUUUCAUCAACAAAAUCUACACGACUUCACCCACAACAAAAUGCAGAUUUAAAUGUGAAAUUUUCAACUUCGUUGUCUUCGUAAGACUCGCCGUGUGUCAUGUGACCCAAAAAUGUGAAGUAUGCCAAGGUGUGUUUUUACGGCACGUUUUUGCUAAGAGAUUUUCCGAUGGCCACAAAUGUACAAACAAAAAUGUAAAUAAAUAUUUAUUUUCCCGUACCAGAGCAAAAAUAUAUUUUCUCGCUAGAUCGCAAAUUUCUUCCCGUUAACACGAAUGACACUCCUCCGAUCUCCCCGUCUGGCCAAAAUAAAGUUAGUUAAAAACUGGAAAAAUCCCGUCCGCUGUGUUUCAUCGUGAAUGUUAAGUGUGUUUCCGAAAAUAUUAGCUUAGGUUUAACCCAAAUCCAUAAGUUUCCGAUUUCUCAGAUGUACGCGACGUAUGAAUGUGCUUUAUAUAAGUGACGCUGCUUUGACAAGCCGACGAAUUUUGCUGUGAUGUAGACGAGCCCACGAGUGCAGGAACCCUCCGCGAUUGUUUCCGAUGUUUCGGUGCUUCACCUCAACUGUGCUCUCCUCUCCGAGGCCAUAAGUGUAAAUAGCAGUUUGACGGUUUAUUUUUUACGCAACUAAAAGGCCUUGCCAAACAGAUCCAUAGCCAUUUGAAAUCAGGAAUUAGGACUUUGGAACGUGAAUCCCGUGUACAGAUAAGGUUUCUGUGAUUUUGAGGAAAAAAAAACCCACAACGUCCUUUUGAUAUAAAUAAUUCUUUUUGUAUGUUUAAAUCUCUUUUGGUGGUUUGUGUUUUGAUGAGACGUGCAUUAGGAAGUGUUUGUCACGUGAAUGAAACUUUAGCUCACUGUGUCGUAGCGUCGGGAGGCAAGGAACAUGCGGAGCGGAGGAAUGUUUCUCCCAGUGUGACCAAAGCAGAGUUUAAAACAGAAAAGUUACAUUUAAAGUAGCACUUAGUGUCGAAAAAAACAAUAUAUUUUAUCAAGUCCCAGGUGACGAUCGUAAGAAAAUGCUGGUCACUUGAAAAAAAAAAAAAAGAAUAAAUAAAAAGAUGGAGCGGAGCUGAAUGCACUACCCAUCACCCAUUUUGAAGAACCACCGACGUCAAGGCGGUUCACUUCCUUCUGUUUCAGACGUGCAAAUGCUGAAAAAGAACAUCCGAGACUCUGCAUCAGCUCCUCCGUGGUCCGUGUUCUGGCUCUCUGAUUUAAUGUUCAGUUUCUGUGUUGUUCUUCGACCAUGAUUCCACCGCGACUUUGUGUGUGUGUGUGUGUGUCACAUUUUUGUCAUCGACGGCUCGUGUGGAAGAUUUUUGGAAAAAUGAUUUUCUCUUUUCAACAUACUAAACAAUAAACCUGUUUUUCCAACACUCAUGUCGAGUCCAUGUUCAUUAUUAUUGUUUUUUUUUUUUUUCAGUUUGGACCACAUUUCUGCUUCAGUUUAAAGUAAAUAAAUAAAAUUAUUAAUAA